CAAGAUAAUCCUUAGAGAGGAGACGGAUAGUUUUUUGGUCGAAUUAUUCCGUUAAAAGUUUAAAUGUUGAUAUGCAAUUAAAGCAGUUAGAUGAAUGGAUCAUUUAAACCAAAGUAAUGUUAACACUACACAAAUCACCAACGGAUGUAUAUAUCUGCAAUAUAAUUUGACUGUGAAUAAUACAAACUUAUACGCAUGUGAAAACACUACAGCAUCAAACAGCGUUGAUGACGGCGCAUAUGACGGAAGAUUUUUGUACAUUAUUGUAGUGUUGUGUUUCUAUGGUCUAAGCAUGGUGCUGUUGAUGGUGAAGUAUGUUCGCCGAGAGGAAGAGGAAGUGUCUUUAGAUUUUUAUUACACGGAAUACGUGAAACGAGAACAGUUCAAUUGUGCCCGUUAUCAGAACAAACUAUUGUUAGAGAAAACGAAAAAGAAUGCGAUAGUCGUUAAACUUCUGACAGAAAAUAAGAUAAAUAACACAUAGGAAAAUUCAUUUAUUGACCGUUAACAAUUUUUACAACGUUAAAAAAAUCAAAACUAUGCAGUAAAAAAGAG